AUGAAUGUGGGCACGGCGCACAGCGAGGUGAACCCCAACACCAGAGUGAUGAACAGCCGUGGCAUCUGGCUCUCCUAUGUGCUGGCCAUUGGGCUUCUGCAUGUGGUGCUGCUCAGCAUCCCCUUUGUGAGCGUCCCUGUCGUCUGGACCCUCACUAACCUCAUCCACAACAUGGGCAUGUACAUCUUCCUGCACACAGUAAAGGGGACACCCUUUGAGACCCCGGACCAGGGCAAGGCAAGAUUGCUGACCCACUGGGAGCAGAUGGACUAUGGGGUCCAGUUUACGGCCUCUCGGAAGUUCUUGACCAUCACGCCUAUUGUGCUGUAUUUCCUCACCAGCUUCUACACCAAGUACGACCAGAUCCAUUUUGUCCUCAACACUGUGUCCUUGAUGAGCGUGCUCAUCCCCAAGCUGCCCCAGCUCCACGGAGUACGGAUUUUUGGGAUCAAUAAGUACUAA